GCUCCUUUUCAAAGUUGGUGAAGACAAGAGAGAUCACUACCGUUCUCUCUCUCCUCCCCUCCAUUUUACAGCAGACAUAGAGAGAGAAAGAGAAGAAGAGUGUGUUUUUGAACAAGCAUGCAUGCUCCAAUUUCCAAUUUUGACCUCAGCAUUUUACUAAAAUCGCGCACCUCCACCACCGCUGCCGCCGUUGCUGCUUCUGCUUUUAAUUGCGCUGCGCCACUACACCAUGGCGGUUUCCGACGUGGACGCCGUGCUGGAGUUUCUGAGGAAGUACGGUCUGUCUGAGUCCGAGUCCGCUCUCCGACAAGAUGUCUCCGAGAGAGGCGGGGUGGCGUCUUUUGAUUUCGAGAGUUUCGUUUUCCCGAUGGUGCCGCCUCCGCCGCCGGUCAGAAUUCCGGCCAGCUCUCGGAGGAUGGAGGAGGCCGUGGGCGAUACGGACUCGAGUUCGGUUUGUUCGGAUGAUUUCGUGAGCUUGGGGUCUUCUGCGACUGACGCGUAUUCCUCAGGUGCGUGAUUGUCAAUUCGUUUGAUCGCGUUUUUUAGUUUUGUUUGAUAGGUGAUUUUUGCUUUUUUUUUUUCCUUGAAACUAUGACUUUUUGUUUGGUUGCUGAGGAAGUGGAGGAAAAGAGUAGGAAAUUCUGGUGUUUUGGUUCAAUGGAGAAGUAAUCUACUUGAAUUAAGCUUGUGGGGAUAUGCUUUUUGUAAAGGAAGAUGCUAAUCUUCUAGAUUUUCCGUGUACUUCAUUUCCUUGGGAACCAAACAGAGGAUUAUGCCUCUAGCUUUAAGUUUGUAUGUGAUAGAAUUCUCGGAACCCAAACAGAGAUUGAUUCUUUGCAGCUUAAAUGGAUAAUAGGAUUUUGCACAACAAGAGCAAUGAAAAUUUACAAAUCCAUAUGGAGUCCAUUCUGCAACUCAGGCUAAUUCCACAGCUUCAUCAGAUAGCUUAUGUGAAUUUGGUACGGCACGUGAUUACUCUGAUUUUGAUAUGCAAAAUGACCUCUACUGGUACGAUGAGAAAGACGAUGACUACUUCAAUACCUCCUGCUUUGGAGGGUCAGAGUCCUUUGGUUGCCCAAGUGAGGACAAGUUUGUCAUGACUUUGGAGAAAGAUAAGCAGUCUGAAAGCCAAUUGACGUUAAUUCAUAAAUCUGAAGGAUACCCAACAUUACCAACUACUAAUUACCUGGAAAAGCCAUGUGUUUUCAAUCUUACUUCUAUGGAUGGUGUGAAUGACAUUCCAGUGACCGAUUAUUAUCAUUUGGGUGAGCAUUUCCAACCAGACGGGGCCAGAGAAGGAGAUCAUGAGAGCUGUGCAGUUUAUAGCUGUUCAGUCCCCCUUUGCAAAUGCUGUGCUGGUGCCGAAGGGUUUCGUGGUGGUGAUCCUGUAGAUUAUAGCCAAAUGAACUUUGCCGAGACUGAUUUGGAUGGUUCUCAGUUAAAGGUUGUAGGGAAAAUACCAACUGACUGCGAUUCGGCUUCAGAAUAUAAAAUAAACAAGAGCUUUGACUACUCUAUUAAAAGGAGUUCUGCUAAUGAUUUGAUUGGAGAGUUUAAAAGUACCUCUGACUUACAUAUUGAAAACACCGAGCCAAAUGGAAACUAUGGCUAUGAAGUUGGAGAUGAUGGAGAAGUGGCUGGAGAAUGCUAUGAGCCUGAGGCUAAUGUUGAUGACCAGGAAGGUGCUACUGCUGAUGAGCUUUUGAUGUAUGAAAACCAAGAGGAUGAAUAUGAAGUAUUCAAUCUAAGAAUCAUACACAGGAAAAACAGGACUGGAUUUGAAGAGAACAAGGAUCUACCUAUUGUUCUAAAUACUGUCCUUGCCGGCAGAUAUUACAUCACAGAAUACCUAGGUUCAGCCGCUUUCAGCAAAGUUGUUCAAGCACAUGAUCUCCAGACAGGAAUGGAUGUUUGCCUGAAGAUCAUAAAAAAUGACAAGGACUUUUUCGAUCAGAGUUUAGAUGAAAUUAAACUUCUAAAAUAUGUGAACAAGCAUGAUCCUGCUGAUGAACGCCACAUUUUGCGCCUUUAUGACUACUUCUAUCAUCAGGAGCAUCUUUUCAUUGUUUGUGAACUCCUUCGGGCAAACUUAUAUGAAUUUCAGAAAUUUAAUCAAGAAUCUGGUGGAGAGACUUAUUUUACUUUGAAGAGGUUGCAGGUUAUAACCCGGCAGUGUUUGGAGGCACUGGAAUACUUGCAUGACUUGGGAAUUAUCCACUGUGAUCUAAAGCCUGAGAACAUUCUUAUCAAAAGUUACAGGAGAUGUGACAUAAAGGUUAUUGAUCUUGGAAGCAGUUGCUUUCGGACAGAUAACUUGUCCCUCUAUGUACAAUCCCGUUCCUACAGGGCUCCUGAAGUCAUCCUAGGCCUCCCAUAUGAUCAAAGAAUUGACAUUUGGUCUCUUGGUUGCAUCUUGGCCGAGCUCUGCUCUGGGGAGGUGCUUUUUCCGAAUGAUGAACUUGUAACAUUGCUUGUGCGCAUGAUUGGGAUGCUUGGUCCUAUCGAUCUGGAGAUGUUAGUAAGGGGGCAGGAGACUUACAAGUACUUCACAAAAGAAUAUGACCUUUAUCAUAUAAAUGAGGAAACAAACGAAAUGGAAUACUUAAUCCCUGAGGAAUCCUCAUUGGAGGAUCACCUGCAGAUAUCUGAUGUUGGAUUUCUCAACUUCUUGAGAGACUUGCUUGAGAUAAACCCCCAGAGGCGUCCCACUGCAAAAGAGGCGCUAGACCACCCCUGGCUAUCUCAUUCAUACGACUCCAAUUCCAGCCGAGUUUCAGAUGGAAUCUAAUUUUUUUCAGAGACUUAUUAUUUAUGUCAGUUUUGAAGCAUCUCACGAGGGAAUAGCUUCCUGUCAGCACAAGACACAUGCUGAACUGUGUUUCCGAUUUUGUUUCUGGUCAGUAUACAUGUAACUAGGCAUACUUUUAUUUGUUAAUUUAACAUAUUUUUUCACUGUACAAAAGCCUUCCUCUUCCUUCUUUCUUUUUAUCUCUUCUUCAGGUUUGGAGCUUGUCAUUGCUCCAAGCCUGGGUUAUUGAUUGAGCAAAAACAGGAACAUAUACAUCAUAAUGGUACUGAUUUUGUAUUGAAAAUGUGCCCUAAGUCAAAUUCAUAAUGAUCUUACAUUUUCCUUCUUUUUUUCA